AUGGAAGGAGAUCUCGUGCAACUGCAUCUCAUUCCUUUCAUAGUUACGCAACUAUACCUUGUUUGUGGUCUCGAAGAUCAUGUGGUGGCAGUGGCUGAAUACAUCCAUUUGUUGAUCGCAGAGAACUAUCCACCUUUGUUAAUCUGCUCCUCCGUAAAGGAAGUGGUGGAUAUUCCCGUAGAGGAACUGUUCAUCUUGAGCAUCUACUCAGAAAUUAAGAGGUUGCAAAGUGGAGACAAAAAGUAG